UUUUAGGAUGAUACCGUUAAAACCGAAGGUGAAGGCGAAAGGAUUAAUGAAGAGUUUACCCACCGGGGUGUUGGCACCGAAAAGUUUGGCCACUAAACCAGUGAAACAUGCAAAGCCUGUUUUUCCAUCGGUAUCCUCGUCGUCGAUAGCAAUUGGCGCAGGCAGCAGCGGACCAACUGCUUCACUUGGAAUUCGUCCACCUCUUGAUGAAUCUUGGCGCGAGUUCUGUGAGAUGACUACUGUUGACUUUGCUACUUAUGCGAAUCUGAUACAAGAAGCUAUUGAUCAAGGAAAGUUCAAUAAACUGGCUCGACUACUAGCAGCCGCCUUUCGUACAUUUAUUGAUAAAAAAGCCGACCAGGGCAAGUUCUUCAUCGAAUAUCAAUUGCUCACAAUAGCUGCAGUUACUCUCAAAGAGCAUAGUGAGGAAAUCCAGCACGUCGCACUCCAAAAAUGCUUGCUGAAUCUGAUGUGCCGUAUGAAGCCGAUGAAUGCUGAACGGCAAGCUUUGAUUUCUGCCAUGACUGUAACUCUAGCCAGUGCUCAGGCUACCUGGGACCCUUAUUAUGUCACUGCUUUUCUUCAUGACUCCCUUGGUGAUAGGAAUUGGGUCAACAAGCCAAACACCUCAUUCAUUUCCGCGCAAAUUAUCAGAUCUUUGGGGACUGUUUAUCCCACUAAAGAAAUGUUCACUUCAUGCAAUCUGGAAAUCGACGUUGAUUUUAUACCUGAUGCUCUUUCAAACGCUACCGAUCGUUUCCCAUCUCCGCAAACGAAGGAGGAAGUUGCUGCCAUAGCUCUGAAUGCGCUGGCACCUUGGUGGGAGCUACGAGCCGAUAUGACGCCUAUGCUUUUCUUGCGAGCCUUAGCGCCACUCAUGGCACUUCCAGAUGUUAGAUUCAAUGUAGUGAAAAGAAUCGAUGGUUGGUUACAGCAUGUCAAGCUACAACGACUAGCCAUGCAACUUUUGAUCCUUGUUGGUCUCAACUAUGGUAAUGCAUCGGAUUCAGCUCAAGAGAAAUCGAUCCUUGCACGAUUGUUGCAAAUGAGAAUGCUGAAGAACAAAAAUGUUACUUCUGUGUUCACUGUCGCAUUGCGAGAGAUGCUAAUGCGAAAGGAUGACUGCAAUAUGCGUACAACAAUCCAGCUUUUAUUGGAAAAUGAGUUUGGACAUGUCAUGUCCAGACAUCCACAUAAUGUUUCGAUACUGAUCAGUCUGUUUGGGUUUGAUAGAAUUAGAGCAGCUGAGAUUCUUGGUGAAGAAGUAUCAGAGAUGAUCAUGGCACGUGAAGAAUAUUGCAAACCUGUGCGGCUGCUUCUCAGGGAAAUGAUUCGCUUCUUCCAUAGGAAUGAAUUUCCAUUCUAUACACUAGCCAACAGCUAUCUCUCCACGAUAGUUGAAGAAGUAGCCAAAAGCGAGCAUGGAAUACAGGACCAUGUCUUUCGCAGCGCUUCAGAACUGUUGAGUGCUGUUACGCUCAUGUCCAUCAGCGCUCCUGUAAGAGAGGCUUUCAAUGCUCGUCGUACUGGAACGAACUAUACGCCGGACCUGGUCAUCGUGCAUGAUCGUUUUGAAGCAGCUUUCACUGAGUACCUAGAAGGAGUGCUGAGGUGGUUGCAAGGACAAGGUGUCCGUCACAUAUUUCCUUCUGCGAGAGAAUAUCUGCAAGCUUAUCAAAAGCUUCUUUUCAUGGAAAAGUCGGAAGUGUACUGUGCACUCGAACAAGGUCCCUCUGAAGCAGAAUAUGCUACAUGCUUCAAGAUUAUCUGCGAGUGCCGCUUGAAAGAGUCCGUGCUUAGACUGAUAAUUGGGGAUCAUUUUACAAGCUUGGAUAAUCAAGAGGCAAUUCGAAUAAUAGAAGGACUGACAAAAAGAGCGGUUGAGAACCGAGUGGCUGCAGACUCCUAUCUGCCCUUGGUUAUACUUUCUAAUCCUGUUCACCUGAUAGAUCGACUGUUCCAACUUAGCGCAUACCGAUCUCCCGGAAUCACUAUGCCUGAGGAGUAUAACCAAUUUGCGUUCAAGAAGUACUACUGGAAAGCAUGGUACAUUGUGAUGAUGUGGACAUGUGCUGGUAAAGUUAGCGACGAAAUGGAAAAGAUCUAUGCCACAUACCCUCAGCUACGCCUAUAUAUUCAUAUGGUAUUGGUAAAAUCGUUCCGGUUUCCUUUGGAAUUCGAAGGGAAAACACCUGAGGAAUGGGAUGCCGUUGAAGCGGAGACGGCUGAGAGAGAGAAAGAGGCUAUCCUGUUUAUGGAAUCUUUUCUUUUUAAAAUGUCAGUCGAAGAGGAAGGCUCCAAAUUACUAGGAUUAGUGUGCUACAAUCAGCCGAAGGGUAUGCCAAGGCGUCCACCUGAAAAUCACAUUCGAAAAUUAGAAGCGCUGGCCGUGGAUUGUGCAAUGGCUUCACGUUUAUGUGAAUGUCGCCAGCCUGAUAUGGUUGAUCAGCUGAUAAAAAAUGUCGGACCAUCAAAAGCGAUGCCGGCUAUACAGGAGCUCUUCGCAACCAAUUCAUCGGCUAUAGAAGCCAUGCCUGCGUCGACUCUUUGUCAGUUCUUACAGUAUGAUCUGCAGCGACGAAAACAGGCAAAGACAGAAGAAGGCAGCGCGGUUCAUACGAUUGUCUCGCGUGUAAAAGCUUCGUUCGCUGAUGAAUCGGUACAAGACGACUGCAUCAGCGCUGUACUCUUUCUCCUCGAACGAAGAACCGCUUUCAACAUUCGAGAACGGCUUGGGGCUAAACUCGUCCUGAGCAUACUAUUUGCGGAUCAAGAAGAAAUGAUGGAUUUGGAUCAAGGCGUUGAAGGUGUUUGGAUGGAAGGACUUAAGAAAGCUACUUUCUAUCCAAAAAUCGCUUCGAGCAUAGUGACACAGUUAGCGAAAGCAGCAAUGGAUUCCGAAGGUGCACAGCUGGAUUGUUUGUUGUCGGCCAUUACAGAUCAGUUAGACAAGGAUAACAUGCAUCAGUUGUCGAUCCUUCUUGCAUCGUUAGUGGAAAAGUUUGGCAAAGUCUCUGCGCAAAAGGCUCUUCCACUUUUGGAAGUGUUUCAGCGCUACGUUGAGGUGUGUACCAGUGCUCCCGAUGUUUGGCCAGAAGACGGAUUUGCAUCUAGUGUGAAUCGCAAGCCAGUGCUCAAGUACAAUGUGGAGAUUGGAAAAAAGCACGUGCUCAUGACAUCCGAUGCAGUUGAAGCUUUGCUGCGGCUGCUGUGCUAUACAUCAAGCAAACAAAAUGACACAUACAAGAAGAUCGCGGAGGUCUGGCUUCCAGACAAAGGUUCCAUGCCGAAGGUCACCUGUGAAGGCGAAGCUGUUGAUUUGCUGACGUCGAAGCUAAGAGCAUUUAUGCUCGAGUUUGAUAACAAAAAGAUUGUUGAGAUUGCUAUGCGAGGUCUCGAUCCACCUCUUGCCCUGAAAGUCGCGUGUGAGAUGAGCGCGAUGAGGACAGAACACGCGUCGAAACUUCUUGAGUUAGCAUGUAGUGGUAAGGAGUUGAAGAAAAAUGAUGUUAUGACUUUGGAUAAGACGGCACGAUUGAUGAUGAACAUUCAUAACAUUCAUGGGAUAAAACAUGCCAAGAAGAUCCUUUCGUUGAUGGAUGAGUUGGAAAGAUCCGGUGAAGAAAAGAUGGAAGUUAACACGUUCCAUGCUUCUCCAUUGAGACCCAUGAAGAUCGUGGAACCGCCACCUACAAAGCCUAUGAACAGAGCUGAAAUGGUGCAACAUCUUAAGGCUGCUACGGUGCCAGGAGCUCCCUUCGUAUUAGGCUGGGAUAUCUGGCGCGACACACAGCGUGCUGAAGAUGUUGCUAUGGCAGUUGCUGAGCAUUUGGAAGGAAACUUGAAGUUUUUUCUGGGAGAUCGCGAAGCCUUCAACCUGAUUUUCGCCGUUCUUGGACCUUGUGCCAAGAAAUUUCCAUCCGUAAAGAGUCGUUUAUCGACAUUCUCAGCCAAGGUAUUGAAAAGUGCGGCAACAUCUCCUGCCAUAGAAGGGCACUUGAGACAGUACGUACCAAAUGCGCCCGUACAUGGAGUUCAGAAGAAAAAGGAGCUCACCGAUGAGGAGAUUCUUGAGGCAUUGUACACCAAGAACAUUCCUGCUGGCUACAGCCGUGCAAUACUUCUCAACAAAUUCCUGCAAAGACGCAUAGAGAUCUUCGCUCGAUCUAGUGAUCCCACAGAAUUUGAUAAUGAAAUGUUGGCUAUUUUUGGUGGACCUGGCAUUGAAGAGCUUGUUGCCCAAAUGCCUCGGCGGACGCCACUCAAAACAAUCGAACAAGUCUUCUUCAAGCUGUUAUCUGCCUUCAAUCCAAAGUAUAAUCCGCAUACGGUAUGCACAUUUUUUACACUAAAUGCGAUCCGUGAGUUUUGUCGGGUGUGGUCUGCACCGCAAUGGGCGUGCCUUGCACGGUACCUGGUAGAGAUGGUGAUGCGCGAUCCGCAGCAAAUGAAAAUGGCCGUGGAUCUGAUUGAACAUUUGGUUGAUAUGACAAGUGUAGAAGUAGCCAUACCUAUGGCUGAAGUCAUCGUUACCUUAGCCAGAUCAGAUCUUCCUGUGGAUCAGAGGAGACAUGCUCAGAAUCUUCUAGACGAAAUACAAAACAAGUACCCAUGUUUGUUCGUGGAUAAACUGGCAAAUCGUGCGUCCAUACAAGGUGUGCGCUGGCGACAGCGAGACACCGAUGGUUUGGUAACAACUCUUGUGGCUCAAGCGGUAGAUCCGGGAGUAACGGAUUCAGUCGGUGCUGUAAAAACCCUUACCCAGUUUGUGGAAACUUAUCCAAGGGUUAUGAUACGAAAUUAUGGAACUAUGGCACAGCAGAUUCCUCUACUGACUAGAAUGCCUAGUGGAAUGAGAAAAGAGGUUAUGCCAUUUGUCACAUUUGUGCUGGAUGCUACGUUGAAGCUUUUACCAUCAAUGCGCGAGUCAUCUCACUGCUGCAGUCUUGGCGAUGCUGUUCAUGCAUUCCUUUCUUUUUUCGAGACCAUCUCAAAUUCCGAAGCAGCUGCCCAUUUUGGAGAGAACUUACUGUUGUUAUGCCUACGCUUCUUUAGUGCUCACACUGAGACGGCUAGAGAAGUAUUCAGCGAUAGAUCGGAAACUUUGGAGUCGUUGUUACAAAAACUUUCCCCAAAUAAUCCCAAUGUGAAGAUGUUACAAGAUAUUCUAAAGGAAAUGGGAAUUGAUAUGUGAUUGAACGGGUCAGGCAUAAUUAUCCGUGGUGUUGUUUUUCCUCGUCAUCUGUUGAUCUCGUCAAUGUUUAGUAAGUUAUUUUCAAGGUUCAUUACAUUGCUGUCCAAAAUGUCUUCUGAUUUUUCACUUCUGAUGAUAAAUAAUAACAUAUACGAAAUAAAAAAUCUUUAUUAAUAUUUUGGAAGUUCUGGAUCCCGAUUUAUGUCUAUGAAUUUGAUGUAUGGUUCCACGUUCUCAAAG